AAAACGUGAUGGUCGCAGGUCCUUCUAGCGUCAGUCCGCCGCAGGCUUUCACUUGAACAAGUUCAUCUAGUACAUAUUUACAAUGAUCGCUUGGGUUGGUGCCAGAAAAUAAUUUAAUAAUAACAGCAACUCUAGUCAUUUUUCUUUGGUUUUUCAAUUAAAUAUUUUAAAUCCUAACCGACAUAAGUCGACUGCAAUUCAUUUUUUUUAAUCGAGACAUUACUCGCUAAUUAAAAUGCAUAAUCUAAUCGGGUUUUUGGCAUCGGCUUACCUAAUCACCGGGGUUUUUGGAUUCGGGACAAAUUUGACCAUCGAUGGAUUAGGACAAAUUAUUGGAACAGAAGAUAAAACGGCGUGGUCAGGUAGGACGAUUUACUCCUUCAAGGGAAUCCCUUACGCUGAACCACCGGUCGGAGACUUAAGAUUCAAGCCACCCGUGAAACUCGAAACAUGGAACGGGACGUUUUACGCAACGGAUUUUGGAAGUAUUUGCCCCCAAAAUACCGGCCGAAACAUACCAAUGCCCAACGACGAUGAGGACUGUUUGACGUUGAACGUUUACGUACCAGAGGUCGGUUCCGAGGCCAGCGACGAUCUCUUACCGGUGAUGAUAUUUUUCCACGGAGGGACUUUCAUCAGCAAUUACGCAGCGAUGUACAAGCCAAAUUUUCUGCUGGAGGAAAACGUUAUCCUUGUGGUACCGCAAUUCCGAUUGGGACUUUUGGGUCUUUUAUCUCUGCAAACGGACGAUAUUCCCGGCAAUGUACAGUUUCUGGAUCAAAUAAUGGCGAUGCAAUGGGUGCAGGAUAAUAUUCGUCAUUUUGGCGGUGAUCCUGGCAAAGUGACUCUGUUUGGUCAGAGCUCUGGCGCGGCUGCGGUGAACCUUCAUCAAUUCAGUCCUCUGUCGGAAGGACUCUUUCAUCAAGUUAUAAUCCAGAGUGGAUCGGCGUUCGCGCCGUGGGUUAAGGACUCUAACCCGGUUCACUCGGCCAAACUUAUUGGAAAGUUUGUCGAUUGUACGCAAACGAAUCUUACGGAAUUAGCAGCUUGUUACCAAAAUUCAUCGGUUACAAAUCUGCUGGACGGUUUCCAGGCAUACGCGGAGGUAUACGGUCCCACUGGAUCGGCAUUGAUGGGAGGUAACAAAGCGGUUAUUCAAACUGCCGGUGAACAAAAAUUUUUGGUAGAAGAUCCGAAAUCUUUGUUAACCAGGGGUAAAUACCGUAAGAUGCCUAUGAUCGGAGGUGCCACGAAACACGACGGCAGUUACGCGUUCGCACUAUUUUACGCCGCCUAUUUCGCACCGAACGGACUCACCAACAAUACCGAAUUCUUGACCUACGACCUACCAGCCGUAAUUUCCGAAGUUUUUGGAAUCCAAGAUGAUACAGACGGAGUUACGCAGACUUUGAUUCAAACGCAUUACAACGAAGGAGACGUCGGAGACUUUGACAAAAUGGUUCCAGGGCUCAUAGACAUCGUCGGUGUCUUCGCUUUCAAGGCUGGAGUAUUCAAAAUGCUGCAAGAGAAUCACCGUACGAAUAAUUCCUACCUGUACAGAUUUGGACACUUCGGUACAGAGCGAGUAAUGGAUUGGGUAGCAGAUCUAUUCCCGUUUGAUCUUGGGGUCGGUCACAGCGACGACCUUUCUUACCUUUUCCCAACGCUCGACGUCACCGCUGCCCAAGAUCGUGCCGUAGUCGAAAGGAUGGUUAAGCUGUGGACGAGCUUUGCCGCCACUGGGGUUCCAGUCGCGGAUGGUAAAUCGUGGGAACCGAUGACCAACGCUUUCGGGCCCUACCUAAUUAUUGACGAAGAAUUCUACGCCGGCGACAAUUAUUUAACGGAACAGACAAUCGCUCUGCGGGAGGGUUUGCUACCCGUGAAGAGAUCAUCGGCAUUCGUCACCGCGCCGCUCAAGUCUCUGAUAGCCAUUCUGAUGAUUCUGUGUUCAAUUUUUAGGCGAUAUUCGAUACAGGAAAUGUUCUCGCUGCAGAGCGAAUUGAAAGACUCCAGACUCUGGGAUCUGAAAAUUUUGGAACUGUUCCAAGAAUCGUUUUUGUUGUUUUGCGUGGAUCAUUCGGGACAAGCGAGCAGUUUUAGUCGUGCCGUCGAGUCAAUGAGAGUAAAACUUAUUGUGAGAUACAAGUGUGAUGUUUAUUCAAACAUAAUGAUUACCAAUGUUACGAUAUUGUUGUUCAGUUGCUUACUGGUCAGUUCAGCAAUUAAGAUAAACACCAACGUCAGCGUCGACGGAUUGGGAAACGUUAUCGGAUCGCAAGAAGAGACCAAAUGGUCGAAAAGAACAAUAUACUCCUUCAGAGGAAUCCCAUACGCGAAACCACCCGUAGGAGAUUUACGAUUUAGACCGCCGGUCAAAGUUACCACAUGGAACGGCACUCUGAACGCUAAGAGUUUCGGCAACAUUUGCCCACAAAAUCGAGUUGCCGUUACACUGCUGCAAUUGUCUGGUGUCGACGAGGACUGUUUGACGCUAAAUGUGUACGUCCCCGAGGUCCGAAACGAUAGCGCACCUCUACCGGUGAUGAUUUAUCUCCACGGCGGAAGUUUCAUGAUCGGUUACGCCCAACUCCACGAACCGCAUCAUCUAUUGGAAGAAAACAUUAUCCUUGUAGUCCCCCAGUUUCGUUUGGGUCCAUUAGGACUAUUGUGCUUGCAAACUGAAGAGAUUCCGGGCAACGUUCAAUUCCUCGAUCAGAUAAUGGCGAUGAAAUGGGUCCGGGACAAUAUCCGCUACUUUGGGGGUGACCCGAACAGGGUGACAUUGGUGGGUCAGAGUUCAGGCGGAGCUACGGUGAACCUUCACCAAGUCAGUCCACUGUCCAAAGGACUCUUUCACCAGGCAAUUAUCCAGAGUGGCUCGGUAUUCGGACAGUGGGUGACCGACCAUAAUCCGGUGGAAAACGCCAGGACAUUGGGCGAAAUAGUCGGAUGCAAUCAAACGAAUUUGAACCAGUUGGCAGCGUGUUUCAAGAAUUUGGACGUCUCGGAUCUUUUGGACGGUUUCGAAUGGUAUUUGGGAAUAUAUUCCUCCAAAGGAGUCCGAGCAACCGGAGGAAACAAGGUCGUUGUUCAGAAAGCAGGAAAGCAAAGAUUUCUCGAAGAAGAUCCAGCUAUACUCAUUGCCUCGGGAGAAUAUAACCACGUACCAAUGAUCGGUGGAACGACGAAGCACGACGGAAGUUUCGUUCUCGCAGCUUUCUACGCGAAUCGUUUGGUUCCCGAAGGCCUCGAAAAUGACAGGGAAUUCUUGACUCACAACUUGACUGCUUGGAUCGCAACCGAUUUGGGGGUCAUCGACGACAUCGGUGUCGUGACCCAGGCGCUAAUGAAGCUGAAUUUCGAUGAGGAGGACAUCGGCGAUUAUUCGAAAAUGUUUCCUGGACUGACAGAUAUAUGCGGAGUCCUCAGCAUAAAAUCCGGAGUGUUCAGAGUGAUGCAAAAGAACUGCAUCGAGAAACCCUCCUACCUCUACAGGUUCGGAUAUUCCGGUAAACAUUCGUCAUCCUGGUAUAUCCCUCCCGAAGCUUACCCCUACGAUACCGGAAUUACCCACGGGGAUGAGCUCAUCUACCUCUUUCCGAUGUUCGACGAUCUACCGGAAAAAGAUAUCACCGUUGCGAAAAGAAUCGUCAAAUUAUGGGCAAGCUUCGUAGCCAACGGAACACCGGAAGCCGACGGUGAGAGUUGGAAGCCGAUGACCACUCCGUUCGGACCCUACCUAAUCAUCGGAGAAGACUUGUCCUACGCCAAAAAUUAUUUGUCAGAGCUCACCAUAGCGAAACGAGACGGUUUCAAGGGUGAUACAUCCAAAUCCGAGGCGAAUUCAAUCGAGCAUAAUCGAUUCACCCUGUUCCUGACGACGAUAUGGUUGAUCGCAAUUAUUAUAAUGGAAAGAUAAUAGUAGGUUAUUAUCGAUUCGCAGAGAGACCAAUAGAGAUACCCAUCUUUGAUUGAUAUACCUAUGUGUUGUAAUUUCACCCACGCAAAAGAAAAUUAUUUACCGGAUGUGUUUUAUCCUAAAGACAUCGAGUGCGCAGCCCAAUCAGAAAUUGCAACGAAUCGUUAAUAUAAUUCAAGGGUAUUUGUACUCGUAAUAAAAUAUUGGUACUUCAAAAGAUA